AUUAUCCAAAGAAAUAACUUGAUGCAAGCAAUAGAUUUCCCGGAAAAUAUACUCAAGCUUCCAAGGAAACAACCGUUUGGAAACAAAGGUAAUAUUUAUAACCAAAUAAGGAUGCUGGUCGAAGUUCAUUUACCGAGAAAAAUUAAACAACAAUGUAUUUAUUUAAAGAAAUAUAAAGUUUACAAUUCUUUAUGUCCUGCAAAUAGCUAUAAUGCUAACCUAGGCAGGACAAGACUUUAAAUAAUUCACCUUCUGAGCGUCAGAUUUGACGUCUAGUUACACGUGACUAUUGUUGUAAACAAACCCCGAAAAGUGCGGACAUCUGCUCUCUCAUGGGAACAACAGAGGAAGCUGAUUAUCGUACUCAGAAUUCCUAGAAUUUAAUAGCCAGUUUUCUUUUGUUCAAAAGAGAAUGGGAAUGAAUUGUUACAUGUACUCUCGAACUUUUACGGCGUAUUUUCGGGGAAAUUCCUAUUUUGGAAUUCGUAGCAAUACCUGACAGGUAUUCCUAGAAAACUACAACAGACUGUAAAACACUUUCCCUGAUAUAUAUACCACUGCUAAUUUGACUUCUGAUACUCCUGUUUUUGGUCAUGGCAAUGUCCACGUUUGCGUCUGGUUACUCUAUUCUUUUGUAGAAAGACGAAGCACAGAAAGAAUUUGUUACAGGAAUACAAUGGCUAGACAAAGCAGUUGGAGUUCUCUGUAAAGCUGAGAUCAAUACAACUACACCGGCGAAGACUGUGAAAGCAAUUGCCCAGAAUUUGCGUCUCCCAAUACGUCAGGCUCACACACACUUAAACACAGCAUUAAAUUUUUGGGAACUCGAAAAGGCACGCCAGUGUGAGGAAACUGAGAGACUAAUCUUCUCCAUUAGCAGCUUAAAGAUCAAUGUUUCUGAGAGGAAAAUGAAAGUAGAACAGAUGAAUCAACAACUUCAGGGUCUGAACCAACAAAUUAAAGACAGCGAACAAAAUGUUGAACAAGCGAAAAAAGCACUCAGUAAUGCCCAGGACACACUUAACAAUGCUGAAAGAGAGAAAAAAAAAAGUGAGAAAAAUAAUCUUUGCCAACAACUGAAGAGUGAAGAAAAGGAGAAGCAAAUAACAGGGCAGCGAUUACGAGAUCAAGAGCGUCAAUUGCAAGAUCUCCAAAUGGCCCAACAAAGGUCCAUCGAACUAAAUGAUAAACUGAUGAGAACGUGCCAUGUAAUGACAAAAAUUUGGGGGAAAAGCCAAGAACUAAAUAACGAAGCUCGCCGUGCGUACUCCUUGGAACCGUUACUGACACCUAUUAAGGAAAUAGUUGACACGUUUACACCUGAGGAACAGAAAGAGAUAAAACAAAACACUUUUUUAUUGUCGAAAGAAAUCGACUUCUCCUCCAUAACGUGGAAACUGAAAGCUGUUUGUGACGCAAAUGCUGAUAGUUCAAUACGUUCUAUAACACUUGUCACAUCCAGUAUCUUUAUAUUCCUCAGUGAAUCUGUGUGAAACUUUAGUUUAUGUUUAUAGACAAAGAGAAUAUGAAAUAAUCGAGAUAAUUAAUCUAAAUAAAACAGAUUGAUCCAGAUAUAAACUAAGUUUAAGAAUGUGUGUUUUCGUUUUGCCAGAUCAGCCGAAUUCGUAUAUUGAGACGUGUACGUAGACGGAGAACUCUAAAAUAUGAAUUUACCUAUUGGUAUGGUGCGUGUAUGAAUUUAAGAGAGACAAGAAAGAAUCUUACAGAUUUAGCUAAGACCCUUACAUGGAAAACUUAUAAAAUGUGUUUAUUAAUAUGUCUGGGUAAUUGUGGUAGUUUGACUAAUCGUAGAUCGACGGAAAUAUUAUCCUCACCCAUAAUUAGUGGUGUUAGACUGUUAGCUAGAAUUCAAAAUGUCAUUUCUUUUUUAGACUUCAUUAAGUUCUGCUGGCAACAAGUCAUAACAACGUCUCAACAAGAGUGCUUUAGUGGCACAAUUACAAAUUAAGCUAAAUAAUCACUGGAAUAGGCCCUUAAGAUAAAAGGAAAAUACUAAUUCACAUCUUAGCAAUUAGCAUCACAUGAUUUCUGGGAGGGAGAUGAAAAUGAAUCAAGUCUUGUGAAGAAUACACCUUACCCGCAAAAAAUUAUUUACCUUUGCUUUGAAGGCAUGAUUUGUAGUUUGCAUGACGAACUUUGAGCCACUCAAAACCUGUUAUGCAAAUUAGCUGCGAGUACAUUCAAUGUGCAACUUAAUGCGCCCAUGGUUUGACAACUCUCGGUUCUUGAGGUGUUUGCUGAACGCCCUAGGACUUCAGUAAAUCGACCACAGAAGAGUAAUUCAAGCUACUAAACUCAGUUAGUGCCCGUACUACGAUUGCUUAAAGGGACAGGUUCACGGUUCAGCGCAUGCUCAUUUAUCAAAAUGCUGUUUUUCUGCCAGGACAUGCUGUAUCGUCUAUGCAAGCAAUAUGAUCAUGUCAUAAUGUUGUCAAAGAACCAAUCUGCAAAAUCCCCUGGCUGUUACUUGCACAUCAUCAACUUAAAUAUUUGCAAAUAGAUGUUAACAGUAAAUUAAUCAACCAUGGAAUAAAACCUUUGGGUCAGCAAUAAAUUCAACGUCGGUAUAGUGCUGGCAUAAUCCACUAAUCUUUUCGGAGAUUUUAUUACUCCUCCAUCUUACUUCACGUUACUCUGAAAUACAAUUCUACUUUGAAAUACACUCUGAGAUCGCUGAGAUACAUGUGAGUGGAUUGUUGACCUAUAGAAUUAAUUGGAAAAAGGUAAUUUAAUUAAUGAGCCGAUGCACUUAACCGUGAACCUGGCUGAUAUACUCCUAAAAUAGUAAGAGCUUCUUCAGAAUACCUGGCCACGGUACAGUUGAAUUUAAACACAGU